AAAAACAAAACGAAUCAGACUUGCUUGCGGUUUACUUAACAAUAUAAUUUCAUUGCCGACAAAACAGUUCAGUUAGCUUUGAUUAUCUUUCUCGUCAGUCGUCAGUCUUUGUGUUGAAUGUUGAGCUGUUAAUUCCAAAGCACGAACUUACACUUGCUCUAUUUGGAUGCCAUUACAGUGCUUCAAUUUUGCAUAUUUCCGGUUUAUUAAGGAUCAAGAAUGUGGCAGCUUUACUCAGUUUUUCUAAGCGUCAUAGUUGUCGCCCACUCAUCAACUUCUCAAAAUGAAAAUUAUUUUCUCACUGAUGAGUUCAUUGAUUCUAUCAACAAGGCACAAUCAACUUGGACAGCUGGCAGAAACUUUCAUGAAAACACCGACGUUUCUUAUAUUAAGAAACUGAUGGGUGUGCUCCCAAACUAUAAAAACUACAUGCCUUCUGAGAUCCAGGAACAUCAAUUGGAUGAUGUAGAGAUAGCGGAUUCGUUUGAUUCCAGGGAACAAUGGCCUCAUUGUCCCACGAUACGCGAAAUCAGAGACCAGGGGUCAUGUGGGUCAUGUUGGGUAAGUUAUCAACAGCUAUAUUGCGUUAGUAUUUUAGUAUUUGGUGCAAAACUGUUUCAUAAAUAUUGGUCAUACACAAGUCGCAGAAAAUACGUAGUAUCAUAAGUAUUAAAUUGAAUUGCUACUGUAAGCGGGGCCCAAAAUUUCUUGUUGAUUAAAAAACAAUAUAUGGAAAGUAUAAGUCGGUUUUAAAAGCGUGCUUUUGGUGCAGUGGAAGCAAUGUCAGACAGGGUAUGCAUCCACUCCAAAGGCAAAGUGAACUUCAGAUUCUCUUCUGACGACUUGGUUUCCUGCUGCUGGACCUGUGGAAUGGGAUGCAAUGGAGGUUAUCCAGGGGCUGCCUGGCACUACUGGGUCAGAAAGGGACUUGUGUCUGGAGGGCCAUAUGGAUCUCACAUUGGUUGCCGCCCCUACGAAUUGCUCCUUGCGAACA